AAGUGAUACAAAUUAUUAGAGGUUCUCAAUUGGAACAUUGCAUUCACCUUUUUAGAAACACGUGCAUCAAUUUAUAAUCCUAACCUCAGAAGUAAGUUACGUGUAAUUCGCUACCGUGUCUUUGAUGCACAGUACUUUAAAUUUGAUAAUUACGUUAGUAUACCAGCUGGUAUCAAAUAUUUCGCAAAGUUAUUCAUAAAAUCUUUUAAAAAUGAAAGAAAAAUUGCCAGAAACGAUUAAUUUUCCAAAGGAGGAGGAAAUUAUUUUGGAAUUAUGGAAGAAAUUGGAUAUUUUUGAAAAUUGUUUGAAGCAAUCAAAAGGAAAACCAAAAUAUUCAUUUUACGACGGUCCACCUUUUGCAACCGGUUUACCUCACUAUGGACACAUACUUGCAGGCACAAUAAAAGACAUUAUAACAAGGUAUGCUCAUCAAUCUGGUUAUCACGUGGAAAGAAGAUUUGGUUGGGAUACUCACGGUUUACCAGUCGAAUACGAAAUAGACAAAAGUUUGAAUAUAAAAGGUCCCGAUGAUGUUGCUAAAAUGGGCAUAGCAAAUUAUAAUAAAGAAUGUAGAAGCAUCGUAAUGAAAUAUGCCACAGAAUGGGAAAUAAUAGUGAGCAGAAUCGGCAGGUGGAUAGAUUUCAAAAAUGAUUACAAAACAUUAUAUCCUUGGUACAUGGAAUCUAUUUGGUGGAUUUUCAAAGAAUUAUAUAACAAAAGCCUUGUGUAUCAAGGUGUUAAAGUAAUGCCUUUUUCUACUGGUUGUAAUACACCGCUGUCUAAUUUUGAAUCAGGGCAAAAUUACAAAGAUGUUGUUGAUCCUUCUGUAGUUGUGGCAUUUCCACUAGUUGAUGAACCAAAUGUUUCAAUUCUAGCAUGGACUACUACACCUUGGACCUUACCUAGCAACAUGGCUCUUUGCUGUAAUCCUAAUUAUGAAUAUGUAGAAGUUAAAGAUCAUUUUUCUAAUAAUGUUUACAUUAUAUUGGAAUCAAGUUUAGAACUUCUAUACAAAUCUAAAGAUGUGUAUACUAUACAAGAGACUGGUACAGGUAUUGUUCAUCAAGCACCUUAUUUUGGAGAGGACGAUUACCGGUGUUGUUUAGAAGCUGGUGUUAUAACAAAAGAUCAAGAAAUUGUAUGUCCAAUUGAUAGUUGUGGUCGUUUCAUAGAACCGGUUCAUGAUUUUAUUGGAAAAUAUGUAAAAGAUGCUGAUAAAGAUAUUAUCAAAUAUUUACAAGCGAAUAAAAGAUUAAUUCAUAACAGUACUGUCAAACAUAGUUAUCCAUAUUGUUGGAGAUCUGAUACUCCGUUAAUUUAUAAAGCAGUACCUUCAUGGUUUGUCAGAGUAGAAGCUAUAAAAGAAAAACUUAUAGCAGCAAAUAGUACCACUUAUUGGGUACCAGAAUAUGUAAAAGAUAAACGAUUUGGUAAUUGGUUGAGAGAUGCUCGUGAUUGGGCUAUUAGUAGAAAUCGUUAUUGGGGUAAUCCAAUUCCAUUAUGGAUCUCAGAAGAUGGACAAGAAAUAGUAUGCAUAGGAAGUAUUGCAGAAUUGGAAGAAUUAACUAAUACGAAAAUAACAGAUAUUCAUAGAGAAAGUAUAGAUGAUUUAACUAUACCAUCCAGACGACCAGGAUAUCCACCGUUGCGACGUGUACCCGAAGUAUUUGAUUGUUGGUUUGAAUCAGGUUCUAUGCCAUAUGCACAAAUGCAUUACCCUUUUGAGAAUCGAAAAGAAUUUGAGGAGAGUUUUCCAGCUGAUUUUAUUGGAGAAGGUAUUGAUCAAACUCGCGGUUGGUUUUAUACCCUUUUAGUUAUAUCUACUGCUCUUUUUGGAAAAGCUCCAUUUAAAAAUCUUGUUGCCAAUGGUUUAAUACUAGCAUCUGAUGGGCAAAAGAUGUCCAAGCGCAAAAAGAAUUAUCCAGAUCCCAUAGAAAUUGUUAACAAAUACGGAGCUGAUGCUCUUCGUUUGUACUUAAUUAAUUCUCCUGUUGUAAGAGCGGAAAAUUUACGAUUUAAAGAAGAAGGUGUAAGGGAUGUUAUAAAGGAUGUAUUCUUACCUUGGUAUAAUGCCUUUAGAUUUUUAAUGCAAAACAUUGAAAGGUUUGAAAGAGAAGAGAAAACUAUUUUUAUAUAUGACAAUUCUAAAGAUGUGUCUUCUAAUAAUAUCAUGGAUAGAUGGAUUUUGUCUUUUACUCAAACACUAUUGCAAUUUGUUAAAGAUGAAAUGCAAGCAUACAGAUUAUACACAGUAGUACCUCAUCUAGUGAAAUACAUAGACAAUCUUACUAAUUGGUAUGUAAGAAUGAACAGAAAACGUAUAAAAGGUGAUAGCGGCGUGACUGAUUGUCAACAAGCAUUGAACACUUUAUUUUGUGUUCUUUAUACAAUGGUUCGUGUUAAUGCUCCAUUCACACCAUUUUUAACAGAGUUUAUGUUCAAAUAUUUAGUGAAAAUACUUCCACAGUCUAAGAUUAAUAUGGACAGUGUUCAUUAUCAAAUGAUCCCACAACCUUGUUUGGAAUUAAUUGAUGAAAAGAUUGAGAAAGCUGUAUUUUAUAUGCAAACCGUGAUAGAAUUAGGACGCGUCAUACGAGAUAGAAAAACAAUUCCUGUCAAAUAUCCAUUACCGGAAGUUGUAAUAAUUCAUCAGGAUGCUGAAGUAUUGAAUGAUAUAACUUCUUUAAAAUCAUACAUUCUUGAAGAACUUAAUGUAAAGGAAUUAACAGUAACUACUGAUAAAGAGAAGUAUGGUGUUAAAUUAAGAGCAGAACCCGAUCAUAAAGUACUUGGAUCACGUCUUAAAGGAGAAUUUAAGUCCAUUACUCAAGCUAUUAAAGAGCUUUCUGAUGUACAAUUACAAACAUUUGUUGCAACAAAAGAAAUUACUGUUCUAGGUCAUAAGUUAGGUGAGCAAGACUUACGGUUGAUGUUUAGUUUCACUGGGCCAGCAGCUGAGCAAUUAUCUGAACAGUAUGAAGCACAUAGUGGGGGAAAUAUUUUAAUUUUAUUGGAUGUUACUCCUGAUGAAAGUAUGCAUAAUGAAGGUGUGGCAAGAGAAGUAAUUAAUAGGGUUCAAAAACUGCGAAAGAAAGCUCAGUUGGUUCCAUCAGAUGAAGCAGUUGUAUAUUAUGAAAUAGGAAAUCAAGAUAGUAAUUUAGCAAAAGUAAUUAUCAGUCACAAAGAUUUUAUUGAAAAUGCAACUAAAACUCCACAGGAGGACAUGUCAAAAUUAUCGGAAAAUGCAAAUAUAAUUAUAGAAGAAAUGCAAACAAUUAAAGGCGUUAAUAUGAAACUUGUAUUAGUAAAAGGACAAAUAUUUCAAAACGAUAAUAACAAACCACAUGAAGAGCCUUUGUUGAAAUAUGUAAAUCUUGAACUUCUAGGUAUGAGACCAAGAUUUGGAGCAACCGGCUGCUUAGGAACUGUUUUGUUAGAAACUCCUAAAUCUUUAGUUCCUAUCUCAUACGAACAGUUAAGAAACGAAAUCGAAUUGAUAUUUGGUAUUUAUAAUUGUUCUUAUGACUUGUAUGUCAAUAAUAAAAUAGUGUUAAAGGAAUUCGAUAUUUUAUCGUUACAUAAGCAAACAAUUCAAGUAACAAAAGCUGAUGCAAAUAAAAUUCAGUCGACUUCAGUAUUAAAAUAUCCAGUCUGUAAAUACGUUAAUAUCAAUGGUACUUCAGGAAAAGGUACUAUUCUGCUAGAAAACCCAGAAGGAAAUUUUAAUAUAGACAAUUCAAUGUUAAAACAUCGAUUAAAUCUUUUCUUUAAGAAGACAAAUAUUUCUGAGCCUUUACCUAAAAUACUUAGUGGAUUGUGUGGGAAAACUUUACAAUUAAAUUAACUUCUAUUUAAGAAAUGACUUUUCAUUCGUUAUUUAUUUCUUUUUAUU